AUGUCGUCGUCGAGCAAGGUCCUCGCCCUGGCAGCAGCCAUUAUGGCACUUGCCCUUGCCUAUGCCUACACCGAGCACACUGCCUCUCGCGCUGCCCGCCUGCGUCCUCGCCCGCCGACCAUCUCUCGCUGGGAGGCGCUGCCAUUUGCAGCUGCUCCGCCGCUGACCGACUCGGCUGCUGCCGCCGCCGUCAAUGACCUCACCGCCGUCUUUGCAACUGCGGCGCCGAAUACCGACCUUCCGGCUGCGAGCGUGCCACAACACAGGCGGACAGCGCCGACCGGAGCCGACAUGCGUCUCCCGUUCAUCAUCACCGACUCGCUGGCCGCCCGAUGGCCCGCCCGCAAGUACCUCGAUCCUGACGCGCUUGCCACCGCAGUUGAUGCCGCCGCCGCCGGCGACUUGCUGGCGGCUGGAUGGCGCGGAUGGGAUGCGCCUGCUUCGCUGAGGCUCGGUGUGCCGCCGGCGUUGAUGCGAGUCGAGCCGCUGGCUGAGGCCUACGCCACAGGCCUUCGCGGCGAGCGGCUUGCGCCAACCGACGCCGCCGCCGCGCUUGCCUCGGUCUCGCUCGGCGGAAGCCGCGAACGGACCGAGCUCCGCCUCUCCGGCCGCGGAUCGGCCGCCGGAUGGAAACCGCUCGGCAUUGCGCCGCUCGGCGGUUUCGGCGGCGCGCACAAGCUGCAUGUCGAUUUGAGCGCCGUCGGCGUGCCUGCCCCGCAGUGGUCGCAGCUUGCGGUGGCCCAGGCCGGCGAGUACCACAACGUCCUUUCCGGCAACGCAAGCUACCUCCUCAUCCCGCCGCGCCUGAUGGAGCGACUCCCACAAUACCCGUACCUACAUCCGGGCUAUCCGCGGACCCUCCUCGACGCGUCGUGCGUCGACGUCGGCGCGGCGUCGUGCACUGUCGCCGCGCUUGCUGCCGUCGCUGCCGACGCCGGCUACCCGACGUCGCGGCUCGCGCUCGUCUCACUCGACGCAUCGUCGACCGCACUCUACGUUCCGCCGUCAUGGGGCGUGAUGCGGUUCCAGGCGAGCCCGCGGCUGGUGGUGGCGCAGAUGAGCCUCGCCGGCCCGCGUGCUCAGCUCUACGACGCCUUGGCCAACCUGACCAUUCCCUGGUACCGCCGUGCGGUCCGUGGCGCGCCGGCCGCCGCUCUCAACGCCCGCAUGUAUAUCUCAAUCAUGCUCGAGCGCGUCCUCGGCUCGCCGGGCCCGGCUCUCGAUCUUGUCCGCAAGCUGCACGCCUUCCGCUACAAGGGUCUCCUCGAACACGAGCCGACGCUGGCUGCCGGUGGCGGGGUGACCAACCCGAGCUACUUUCACUUGGUCCAGGACCCGCGGCUCCUGGACGCCGACGGCAACCUUCGGCCGGCGAUUGUCGGCCCAGCUGCCGCCGCGCUUCCUCCGCCACCCGGCCCGGCGUCGGUCCUCGAGCCAUCGGCUGAGUACCCCGAGUCUGAGGGCUGGUCGGUCCUGGAAGACCCCGAGUCCGGCGUCCUCUUCCACUACAAUCCCGAGACCGACGAGAUCGCAACCAUGACCACGGCCGAGGCCGCGCCGCUGCUCAUCACCGCCUCGGCUGCCGACAACACGUACGACACUCCGCCACGCCGCUACUGCGAGUCCAUCCUCUCCGAGAUGUCGCGCGACCAGUGCCGCCGCAAAUGGCACAACGGCGGAUACUGCGGCCAGCCCACCCCGCGCUCCGACAUCCUCGCCGACGCCAUGCACGACGCAUAUGUCGCUGCCGCCGAUCGCGUCCGCUCCGCCUUUGCCUCGCACCUCGAGGGCGCGCCGUACGACACAGACCUCGCCGGCAAGGCCGGUAUCGCCGAGCUCAAGGCCUUCCACGCCGCAGUCCGCAUCCCGCUCGCAAACUUUGUCGAGAUGGUCGUCCGUUCCGCGGUCGAGAACGACGAGAAGGCCAUCCGCUGCUUCCUGCACGACCUCUCGCACUGCUAG